AUGUAUGAAGUUCUGCUUUGGUAAUGUGAAUCUCUCCCCUGAACUAAACUCCAGCACAGUGGCAACUUUGGCUGGUGGCGGAAAGCCAUUCCUCAGUCCGGCUACAUCGCCGACCUACUAUUUUGUUCACAGUUCGCUCGCUCUCAGUCCAUCCUCCAACGCCACGCCGCCCUAACGCCAGCCUCUUUUUCCAACAACUUCGCCUCUAAUACCAGAGCGGCUGCUUCACUGCCUGGAGCAAGCAGGUCAUAAACCCCGUCACGGCGUAUUCCACCAGACGGCGAAGGGGGACCUCCAGCUGCUUCAAAGUCGGGUGGUCCGUUUCGUUCGUCGCAACACAACCGAAACCCGGCAAUCUCGAGGAACCAAGCCAAGACGUGGGAAGCCAUGGAGUCUCCAUUCUUUGGCCAAGAACCGGAGCCAAAGGCCGCAAGCUUCCAGGGGCGCCUGCAGCUUCAGGAGUACAUGUUCAGCCCGACGGCGCCCCCACCGCCCGGCGGGGGCUCACCUUUGCUGCCCGCGAAACCAAGCCACCGACCCCCAUCCUCCCCCGCGCCGCUCCGCCGCAGUUCCCGUAGGUCAACCCCACUCGGCCCCGUCCCGUCCCCGAACCACGUCACCAGACAUCGCACCGCCGCCGGCAGCAAUUGCGCCAGGCACGCGCGGGUGUCGACGCCGGAACCCCUGGCGUCCUCGUCCACGUCGGCCCCCAGUAUACUCACGCCGAAACCCGAACCCCUGGAUUGGGACUCCGACGGCCUCGCCCUCGUCCCAUAUUCAAGUACCGUGACACCGGCCGCCCAAACGCCCGGGGCGAGGCCGAAACGCAAGCGCAAAGCAACAGGCUACGCCCCGCCGUCGACCUACGCCCACCUCCCGCCGCUGACGGACAUCCUCGCCCCCGGACUCCUGGUCCUCUUCGUGGGGCUGAACCCGGGCCUGCGCACCGCCGCCCUCGGGCACGCCUACGCGCACCCCUCCAACCUCUUCUGGAAGCUCCUCCACUCCUCGGGCAUCACGCCGCGCCUGUGCUCGCCCACCGAGGACCGCGAACUGCCGCGCCUCUACGGCCUGGGUAACACUAACAUCGUCUCCCGCCCGAGCCGCAAUGGCGCCGAGCUGUCCAAGGCGGAGAUGGACGAGGGCGUCGACGUGUUAGAGGACAAGAUCAGAGGCUGCCGCCCCGAGGUGGUCUGCGUCGUUGGCAAGGGGAUCUGGGAGAGCAUCUGGCGCGUCAGGCACGGGAGGGGGAUCCGGAAGGAGGAGUUUCGGUACGGUUGGCAAGACGAGGGGGAGAGCAUGGGCGUUGUCGUCAAGCGGGAGGAGGAAGGUGGCGGUGAGGCGCCAAACGAUGCAUGGGCUGGAGCGAGGGUGUUUGUUGCUACGAGCACGAGCGGGCUGGCUGCUACGCUUCGUCCGGCAGAAAAGGAGAGAAUUUGGAGAGAGUUGGGAGAGUGGUGUGAGAUGAGACGGGCUCAGAAGAGCACAAGGGGUGGGUGAAGACUAU